AAGACUCCCUGCGGUAGAAGUGGCUGCUUUUUAAUCUUUCAAAUUGUAGUUUACUAAAAAUAAGCGAUGAUUUUUGCUGAGGAUGAAGACCCGUUCCCUGUGGACGAUGACUGCCUGUCCUCUGAGACAUUUUCCCAGGAGUCAGUGUUCAGGCUGAUGGGGCAGCAGCUCCGCAUUAAGCAGCUCUUCGGGGCCAACCUCGGCGUGGCCGCUGCGGUUUGGGAAGCUGCGCUGCAUCUGUGCCGUUACUUUGAGGAUUAUUCAGUGGAGCUGAGAGGAAGGCGAAUAAUCGAGCUGGGAGCAGGGAAUGGGCUGGUCGGUAUUCUGGCUGCUCGCCUCGGUGCAGAGGUGACCCUUACAGACCUGCCUCUGGUUCUGCCACAGCUUCAGGAAAAUGUCUCUGCCAACGUCCCCGCCGACGGCUGGCCCUCUACGCCUCCCGCCGUUCUCCCUCUGUGUUGGGGGGAGGACCACCUCUCCUUCCUCCCUGACUGGGAUCUGGUGCUCUGCGCUGACAUCAUCUACCUCCCAGAGACCUACCCGCUGCUGGUGGAGACGCUGGCGCAUUUAUGCCAGAACGGAGCCGUGGCGUAUCUGUCCUCCAAAAUGCGCAGAGAGCACGGGACUCAGAGUUUCUUUGAGGAGCAUCUGCCGGCCAGGUUGACGGUGGAGCUGGUGCACCGCGACGAGAAGCAAAAUAACAACAUCUACAGGGCGGCUAAGAGAGCAGAGCACUAAAGGGAGCGGCAGCUUUCUGACUGACUGCAUGAAGCAAAGGGUCGGUUUAUAGGAAAAGAAUGAAAAUAUAUUUAUACAUCAUCUGCUGAGUAUUUAAAGGAGGGAAUGUUUACAAAAAAUAAAUCAACCAUUAUUUGUUUUUAAAACUGAUACUAAUAAUUUGGACUUGAGUCCAACUGAUCCCUGAUUUGUGCUGCUGAGGUUUAUAGCCAUGUUGCUUUUUCUGUCACAGUUUAAAGAUAAAAAAGAGAGCGAAUAAAGCACGGCUGAAGGCAUGUUUUGGCCGAUGCUGUUGCAGCAAACGUUGACUUAUUUGCUUGUUACUGCAAAUAAGCCUCAACCAUACAGAAAAUAAGCUUUUCUUAGUUCCUUGACAUUGUGUGUGACGUUUGUUUCAUUAUUGUUUGAGGCAAAGAAGACUUUUUGUAAAUGGAAUCCAGAAAAUAAACUUUGAAAAA